UCCGGGAUGGACGGCGGGCGGCCUCAGCGGCCCUUGGCCUCGGCGGUCUGGUCCCCCGGCGCCCGAUCAGGGGGGUAGAGUCUGGUGGACUGGGUGGGGCCCUGGCGGGGUGCCGGGAGCCCGCAGUUUCUUGGCCCAGGGUGGGGUCGGAGACGCCGUGAGUGUGCAGCGCGUGUGAGUGAGGGUGCAGGGGCGUGCGCCCCCGUGUGCGCGCGGCGUGCGCUAGCCGGGGAGGUGCGGGACUCGACGACCCAUUGCGCGUCUCCCGCGGUGCGGCGGUGCGGAAGUCGGCGCGCGUUGGCGCGCACGCUGGCUCAUCCGCCGCCGUGGCCUCAUCGCGGGGCAGCGGGCCUGGGGGCCCCAUUGAGAAGUAGGUCCUUCCCGGGCCUGCUGCGCCUCUGGCUGCCUGCCCGGGCCGCGCGCCGGGUGCGACUGCCCGGGCCUGAUAGCACCUCGGGGCAAUCCGUGGCAGCCUUAUCUCGCCUGCCCUCUUCGUCCGCGCAGCAGUCUGGGGGGCGAGGCCGUCCGGGAACCCGCAGCCAGCGCCCGCUGCGCGUCUGCCGGUUUGGCGGGGGCGGGCAGACCGGCCGUGGCCGGGGGCGCGCGUGUGGAUUCGGGCCGGGUGCUGGCCAGAAGCGAAAGCGGCAGAUGUCCUUGGGCAUCGCCGCCCUCGCCCCACCUGUCGCGGGUGAACUUUGGGCCAGUAUCUGGAGUAGAGCAGAAAAAUUAUUAUGCCUGUGUUCCCUUGGGACUCAUUGGAAAUUGUACAGUGACAUCUUCUGGGAUUUAGGCUGAAUGAAGUAUCAGAGAAACACUUCCCGCCUGUAGCUGCCUGUCAGGUUAGGAGUGUGCAGACUGGUGCCUAAAAUGGAAGUAGAUGUUAAUGGAGAGUCCAGAAGUACCCUGACCACCCUGCCCUUGCCCGUGGCCGAGGUGAGCUCCCCGGGAAAGGCAGAGGUGGAGAAGCCCCGCUGUUCCAGCACUCCGUGCUCGCCGAUGCGCCGGACUGUGUCAGGCUACCAGAUCCUCCACAUGGACUCUAACUAUUUGGUUGGCUUCACGACUGGUGAGGAACUCCUGAAGUUAGCCCAGAAGUGCACAGGAGGUGAAGAGAGUAAGGGAGAAGCUGUGCCUUCCUUGCGCUCCAAACAGCUGGAUGCAGGACUUGCCCGUUCCUCUCGUUUGUAUAAAACCAGAAGUAGGUACUACCAGCCGUACGAGAUUCCAGCUGUCAAUGGCAGGAGGCGAAGGCGGAUGCCCAGCUCAGGAGACAAGUGCACUAAAUCUUUACCUUAUGAACCUUAUAAGGCCCUCCAUGGGCCUCUGCCUCUCUGUCUUCUUAAAGGUAAGAGGGCUCACUCCAAAUCUCUGGACUACCUCAAUCUAGAUAAAAUGAACAUCAAGGAGCCAGCUGACACAGAAGUGCUACAGUACCAGCUUCAACACCUGACCCUCAGAGGGGACCGUGUGUUUGCUAGGAAUAAUACAUGAGUGACUUGCAGAGGAUGUAAACCAGUUUAGGUCAGCCUACACUUGGCUAGAAAAUUCCACUGUUGUACUCUGUACAGGACUCUUUACAUUAUAGAUGGUUAAAUCAGCUAAGUGUUCCUGGAACAUAAAAAUUGGAUCAAAUUUUGAAUACAGGAAUGAAAUCACAGGUACUUGAGGUGAAAUCAUUCUAGAGCACGCAACUGCAAGGAAAACAGAAUGUUGACCAUUAGUUUGUAUCGCUUUUUAGCUGGGAAAAAAAGGCUUUGGUACAGUAAUAUCGUCUUUAAAAUUCUGAUACUCAAAUUGGAAAUGUUAUCUGCUUGGUUGUUGCUGACUUGGUAUGAUUCAUUAGAAAUUUAUAUCUUAAGUACUCAAGUACUUCUUUAAUCUCUGUACUUUACUAUAAAAUAUAUGUAAUGAUUUGUUUUAUGAAAUUUAGAACUUGAAGAUUGCUAAAUUGGACCACGUUUUAUUUUUAAAUAUUGAGUUUAAAUAUUUUAUAACUGGUUUUGCACUGAAAAAAAUUAACAUUUCAAAUUGACAAGAGAAUAAUCUUUCUUCACUUGCUUCAAUAAUAUUAUUGAGCAGUGAAUUUUUUAUUUCCGCAUGGAAAGUUAUGGAUCUCUAUGGCUGUAAAAUAUUUCUUUAUAGCGUUAUUAAAGUGUGUCUUAAUAAAAUUAAAUUUGGGAUACAAAGUAUUUAUUUUACAAUGGGUGGGGGGAAACUUUACAGGAAAGUUUCCAAUAUGAAGUUUUCAUAAGUUGAAAAAGUUUCCUUAGUGCUUAUUUUCUAAUUUAAAAUUCAUCUGGAACUUUAAAAUGGAAAGGAUUCUUUAAAUUGUGGAUUAUAGGCAUAAUACUGAUUGCAUCUGAAUGUUCUGUAAGUGAAUGGAACUCUAAUAGAGGAACUCAUGAUUUCUACUCUCAAAUGCUUAAACUAAGUAUGAAGUGAUACCAUUCAGCAUGGCAUCGGGUCAUUUCAGUUUUAGUUCUGUGCAGCACAGGCACUCAUUGAAAUUCCACUUUCUAGGAUUAGUGCAGGAGCCUAAAGUGCUUCUACAGUUUUAAUGGGUUAAUCCUGGAUUACUUAACAAUUUAUGUCAAUUGCACUGGUUUAAUUUGUUGCUAAAGAAAUAAUGCCCUGGCUUUAGUAACAAAUACAGCUCAACUAUUCUUGAACAUAUUUUGAAAAAAAAAAAUGUAUGUAAUGUACCUUUUGUAAAAGUUUCUAUUUCUUUUUUUCUUUUUUGACUCUUGAAGGUGCAAUUUAUUACUGAAUUGGCAUUUCUGGCAGCAUAGACCUCCUUAUUUUAAAUUUUAUUUUGGGGGCUGUGAGUUUCUAAGGUGUUAGCAAUCUUGCUUAUUAAAUAAGAACACCUUUUAAUUAAAUGAGUGGGUCAUUCCUGGUGCAGAUGUGACUUUUCUUUGGCCAGAAUGAAUGACAAACUAUUUAGAGCAGAAUAACUAUUAGAAAACCCUAGGAACUCUUAAUCAACGUUGAUUAUACUUCCACUGAGGCAAAUCAUGUGAAAGAGCUUCAGGGAAGUUGGCCCAUAUCUUACUGAGUUGAUCAGAUUUCUUGGUGGGCUGGAAAUUUUCAGCUAUUUUACAUUUUAAAGUAAAUUGCACCUUUGUAACAUAUUGUAUUGACGAAUGAUCACUAAGAUUAACUAUAUCUAUACAGUCAUUAGUUUGACAAGAAAUAGAAUCCUGUCAGAUGCCAAAGAGUUGGGAUUUUUACGUUUAAUGAUUAAACACCAUUAUUUAUUGAUGACUUACCCUGUGGAACUGUAUUAUUUCUAACUAUGAAAUAAAAGGGUGAUAUAAACACACA